AUGUCUCGAGGCCCAUACGACCCUCGUUUGUUCUUCAGCAUUGACAAUAUUCGGGCGUUCCACAUUCAAAAUGGAGAGGAAUCAGAACUCACCACGUCGGGUCCCCAAACCCUUUCUCUCUUGAUGGUCCCGACUUCCUGUCCCCCUACAGAUCCUGAAUUAGCCUCGCAGCCACCAGAAGAUGACUUUUACCUCCACCUCCACCUCCCACCGGAGUUGGAUCUGCCCUUGCCCGCAACGACCCAGAUAUACCACCAGCCACCAAACAGCUACCUCAUUCCACGCUGGGACCUAGGCCCAAACGCAGGCGCAUUCACGCGGAUCGAAUUCCCGUCAAUUGGCAGUGGGCCAGGGAAGGUGUCUCAAGAAGAUGUGGAUACCUUCGAAACCAUUCUCGCCCAAUGUACCGCAUUUCUUGAGCGAUCUCCGCCUCCUAAGUUCGCUCCGUAUCACCCUGCCACCUAUGCUCCUGGAGAAGGAUAUAUCGGGUCUGGCGGUGAAAAACAGCCUGCGAAACGCCAACCUGGCCAAAUUGUCCUCGUCGAUGAGGAGAACGGAAGUGUUGUUGAUCCGGUUGAGAUACAGCUCCCUACCGAAGGGCAAGGAAACAAUAUAUCUGUCCAUAAUGUUUCCGACGAAUAUCUGCAAACAGCAAGGCACCCUGCCUAUGCGAAAUCUACCAUUGUUCAAACGUCUGCAACAGCCUCGCGGCUUCUGGUUGCCGGUUCCGCAUAUAUUGCCAAGUCCAUACAGUCAGGAGCAAAUACCUUCACCCAGAAAACGAAACCAAAUUCCAAGCCCAUGACAUUUACCCCUACCGCGCAAGCACGUAUGAGGAGAAUCAAUACAUUUUCAAGCAACGCUGCUGGGUUGUCAUCUAAAACCGUCAGUAAGGUUACCAAGGUUGCUCAAAACUUCGGCGCCACCAUUGCAGGCAAGAAAGAUUUAAAUUUUGAGCCUAGAGGAUUCGACGAGAACGGCCGACCGAUAUACCACUCCAAGCCCGGAAUUUUGAACAAAUCUUUGAUCGCCUUCUCGACGAUUGCAGAUGGUAUUGACCAAGGUGCCAAACAGCUUCUCCACUCAGGACAGCUCGCUGCGACUACGGUAGUCGGCCACCGCUACGGCCCAGAGGCGGCAAAGUUCACGUCGGAGCUCACUGGUGGCGUCAAAAAUGUUGGUCUGGUGUACAUCGACGCGGCGGGAGUGUCUCGCAAAGCAGUCCUCAAAUCUGUUGCGAAAGGAAUGGUUGUUGGGCGCAUGAAAGAUGGACAGCAGAUUGUCGUUAGCGACGGCGAUGCGCACUCUGUGAAAUAUCCCGGCAUUCCGGGGCAAAAACCUCCGCCGUUCAUGAGAUCCGGGACCAGUCAGAAUCUUUCUGGGCUUACCCCUGGAAACGCUUAUCUUCCUCGCGGCUCGUCUCCGUCUCCUACUCCGCCGCCUGCCUAUGGCUCGCAGAGCGGGCGAUCCCUUGGCGGGACUACGUUGCGAAAUGGCAAAUAG